AUGUCGGCAGUUGCGGAGAAGCCGGUGGAUCGGGAGGGUCUGCCAGUGACCUGCACCAAUCUGGACGCCCUUCCAGUCUACAAUGAGAUGCUCCUGGUCAACAUGGCAGUACGGGAGAGCGCUCUGUCUCAGGUUCAAUCGGUGCUGGAACUGGACCAGGGCUUCAUUCUAGCUCACUGCAUCUUGGGGUGCAUGUGGUUGUCCGAACUUAUCCCAGCUACUGAUCCAAAAGAACCUGCAGACUGUAGUACUUUUCCUCCAGUGUCAGGUCAUGUGAAGAUGGCAAAGACAGCUCUGGAGGGAGGGACACUGACAGAGAGGGAGGAGAGACAUGUGCAGGCUCUGCUGGCGUAUGCAGAGGGACAGCUGCCCACAUCAAUCGACCACUGGGCAGCCAUUCUGGUCAACUACCCCAGAGACUGA